CGCUGAUGUGAUGGUCUCGGUCGUCAGCUAGAACCAGCUUAAUUGAGAUUCUCCAUCUUCAUCGACUUGUAUCUUCUGACUCUUGCUGGGUGCUGCCUACAAUUCCUACGUCCAACCGGCAAUUUCCGCAUACAAGCGACAAACUUUUUUCUCAGAGCCUUGCGGAGAAUUCAAGGGCCCACGUGCUCAACAGACUGAGAAUCUUUCAAUCCUCAAACUCGCCUUGCAUCGUCACAAGACUGAGUGUGUUCGACGCCAAUAAUUGGGCAUCGACAAUUGACCAUCCCUCCCAUACCAUUCCCAGUCACGAUUCCAUUCAGCAAUUGGCCCUCAUGGUUGGAGCGGACUCUGAACUCCACCUGCGAAAUGCCCUGGCAAACAAUCCCUCGCCCUAUCUUCGGGCGCACAAGGAAAAUCCAGUAGCAUGGCAAGAGUGGUCGGACACUACUCUUGCGCUCGCCAAGAAGCAUCAGCGAUUGAUCUUUCUGAGCAUUGGUUAUCAUGCAUGUCAUUGGUGCCAUGUCAUGGAACGUGAAUCGUUCAGUGCGCCAGAAGUUGCCGACCUGCUGAACAAAUUCUUCAUCCCAAUCAAGGUCGACAGGGAAUCGAGGCCCGACCUCGAUGAUAUCUACAUGAGUUAUGUCACCGCAACGACAGGGUCCGGUGGCUGGCCAUUGAAUGUUUUUCUGACUCCAGAUCUAAAACCUGUCUUUGGAGGCACAUAUUGGCCAGGGCCAUCAACAUCAAGCACCAUCAAACAAGCCACACCAGGGGACGAUGCACCAGUCACUGUCAUUGACAUUUUGCACAAAAUGCGGGACGUAUGGACGACUCAGCGCGAGAAAUGUAUUCAGUCAUCCAUCGAUAUCACCAACCAACUGCGAGCAUUUGCGGCCGAAGGAAUCCAUUCUCAGACCAAUGCCCAGAGCCAAGGCAACGACUCGGACCCGGCUGAACCAUUGGAGGUCGAUCUCCUGGACGAUGCGCUUGAGCACUUCAUAUCCCGUUACGACCCUGUGCACGGCGGUUUCAGCGCUUCUGUUACUGCUCCAAAAUUCCCGACCCCUUCCAACCUGACCUUCCUACUUCGUAUCGGGGCCGCCAUCGCCCAACCUUCGACGCACACUCGUUUCGGCUUCUGCAGCCCUGUCCCUGGCAUCCUCGGGACACCAUCCUGCACAAAGGCCGCAUCUAUGUCACUGCACACUCUCCUUGCCAUGUCUCGAUCUGGCCUGCGAGACCAUCUCGGAUAUGGCUUCCACAGAUACAGUGUCACCCCAGACUGGAAUCUCCCUCAUUUCGAAAAGAUGAUGUGCGACAACGCCCAGCUGCUUGGCUGCUACUGCGACGCGUGGGCACUCGGUCGCGAUCCAGAAAUCCUCGGUACCAUUUACAACCUGGUAGAAUAUUUCACCAAUACGGACUCGCCGAUCGUGGCACCCCAAGGAGGCUGGUACGCGAGCGAAGACGCCGACUCGAGCCCUUCGAUUCCCAAGCUCGCCAACGGUGUUCCAUCAUCAUCAGACGACAAGAAGGAAGGCGCUUACUACGUGUGGACGUACAAGGAACUUCAGGCCAUCCUGGGUCACGAGCGCAACGCCGCCGCCAUCGUCGCCCGCCACUUCGCGGUCAAACCGGACGGCAACGUCCCAGCGGAGCAUGACAUCCACGAUGAGUUUUUGUCUCAGAACGUGCUGCACAUCGAGGCCACACCGUCCGUUUUGGCAAAAGAAUUUGGCGUGCCCGAAGAGGAGAUUGUUCAGGUCAUCAAGUCCGGACGCUCCAAACUGCUCGAGUACCGCAAGUCCCGACGUGAACAACCCAGCAUCGACACCAAGAUCCUCGCUUCCUGGAACGGCCUCGCGAUUGCAGCCCUGGCUCGUGCCGCCAACACCCUUGCGACGAUCGACAAGACUCGAGCCCGCGCGUGCCAGGAGGCCGCGGAAAAGGCGGCCACUUUCAUCCGCAAGGAAAUGUACGACGAAUCUACAGGCCGACUGUCUCGCACGCCGGAUUCUAACAAGACGGCGGCGACGGCGGCGUUCGUGGACGAUUAUGCCUACAUGAUCCUUGGUCUGCUGGCGUUGUACGACUUGACUCUCGCACAACCGUACCUGGACUGGUCCGUCCAACUACAAAAUUACGUCGAUGGACACUUUGCCUCCGCCACGGGAGGUUACUUUCAGGCCGAAGCUUCCUCGGAGCAGAUCAUCAGACUGAAACCUGGUACGGACAACUCUCUCCCUUCGCCCAACGGGAUCAUAUGCACCAAUCUACUUUACCUGGCGUCGUAUUGCCAGGGUGCCUCGUCCCCCCCGGACGGACCUAACAACAACAACAACAACAACUAUCAAGCCAAGGCAAAGGCCGUACUGGACGCCUUCGCCGUCGAGAUCAUCCAACACCCGUUCCUGUUCGUCAAUCUGCUCGCUUGCGUGGUCAUGGAACAAGUCGGUGCCAAGACACUCAUCGCCCCCAUGACCACCCGGGACAGUCAACUGCGUCGUCUGAAAGGUUGGGGCCGGACCGUGGUCAAGGGUCUCGUGCCGGAGGUCAUGAUCUGUACGAGGGAGGGUGUCUGUCGACCUCUGAAGCAAAGUGAUUUGGAAGAUGUGGAUGAUGGUGACGAUGCCGCCGCCGCCGACGAAGGAGGUGUCGUCGGUGCUUCGGUGGAAGGAACGUCGUCGAAACCUUCGUAGUGGUGAUGAUGAUUAUGAUGAUGAUCAAUGAUGGUGCUUCUCAUCAUGCCCCAUGGGUAGUUGGUUUUAUCGGGGACACUUUGUAACAAUCCGCUACGGGAAUCAAUUCCUCAACAUGGGAAUCUUUUCAGAAACCGGCUUACACUUUGGUAUGGAUCAUUUUACAGCAGGGCGGGGAGGCGUACAGAUUGAUUAGGCAGGUAGCUAUUUAUGUACCCAGGUAUGUUACAGGCGUUGGGGUGUCUUCUGUUGUAUGGAUCGAGGAAGGGUUAAUGGGAUAUGAUUGCAUCUU